AAAUUAUGCUUGUAAUAAUUUUCUGAUAAAAUUACGUUACGUAGAAUAACGUAAUUAGAGGUGUCAUUACUAAAUCAUGAUAGGUACCAUUUGCCCAUUUGCCCUAUCUCGGUCGUAAUUAAUUGGUCUCGUAGGAGAAUAUCGUACAAAGAGAAACACCCGGUAGAUGGGUGAAACACAACACGCAGAGUGCUCGCUCUGGUAACGUAUCCAGUAUUUGACCUAAUGACACGAUCCCGUGACGUCAGGGGCGAAAGGUAGGUCGACCGAGAGACUCUAAGGAGGUGAGGCGGUCAAAGGCGGCCAAAGACUGACCUAUCCUAGUCACGUAAAUCGCCUUAACACACUGCGCUACCAUAAAACGAAAGCAAGUUUCGGCUGGUUUUUUAUUUCUUUUGAAAGAGUGAAGACCUUGACCGAACUUUUUUUUACAUUAAAUUCGUCCUCAUUUACUAUGAUAGAAGUUAAGGAUACGUAUACAUACCCAUACAUACAUGCAUAUAUAUGUACGUAAAUCCAAAAAAGAUCGGGAUAAUUCAUAAAAGAUUUAAUCUCGAUUGAUCAUCAUGCGUGACAAAUUUCAGACAGUCGAUCACAAUCCUUUGUCUAAAUUCCGAGCCGAGGCCGUUUCGUACGUCAUUUACCCGAACCUUUUUUUUUACCUCUUUACCGAAAUACUUUUUAUAUUUAAAGUUUAUCCGCGAAAGAGCGAAGGAUAUGAAAAAUCGUCGUGGUAUCAUCGGAGUAGACUCCAUUAUCAGAGGUGAUCAGUGGUGGCGACAGUGAGAGCAAUCAAAUACAGUUUGGUUAGAAUCGGAUUUUUUGCCCUUGUUGCAUUCUGCCGUGGGUGAAGGAGAAAGAAAAGGGCGUGAAGCCACCGCUCAAAGGGUGGAGAUCCAGCAAAAUCGUCUUCAAUUCCACGUCGGUGGAAGGCAUAAAAACUUAUACUUGUCGAACAAGCGAAGUUCUCUUAUAAGAGAGUGAAUCUCUCUUAUUUUCACUGAUGCUCGUUCCACCGACGCAGUUCUCAGCGUGUCACCGUUCACGGCCAUUCUAUGUUUCGGCUAGUCGAUCGACCUCUCAGUUUCAGGCAGCGCGCCAACGAGUGGAUAUAUAAGAUGUUAUUCCUCUGGUCGAAGGAACCGGCAGCAGAUCCUAGGGCCAGUCCGUGGUUCGCUUGGUUCGCUACCGCGGUAAUACUCUGGCGUUGCAGAAGACGAAUUACAAAAGCUAUUUUGGCAGUAUCGCCGUUUAGACUGUUAAGAAGACGGACGGUGAUUGCGUUACUGAAAGAAAGAACUUCGUCAGUGGUAAUGAAGCCAACGAGGACAACAACGAUGACGACGAUGGGAACGACGACAGCGACGGCGACGGCGAAAACGAUGACGACAGCGAGAAUGAAACAGCAACAGUUGCAAUUAAAACAGCAUCACGGUAUUUUGCUAGGUCAAUAUUGUCACCGGCAGCUACGACAAGAACACAAUUGCAAGGCUACAACCGGCAUCAGGACUCGGGUAAAACGAUUGUGUACAGGCGACGGUCCACACGUCUCGCCAUCCUCGUCCUCGAUCCAAACGAAUCACCAGAUCAAUUAUAGAGUAACCAGAAGCGGCAGAAUUUAUGGGAAAUAUCAUAACAGAAUUGUUUCGGCGGAACAUCGCUGAUCAGAACGAUCAUUGAUUAUUUUCUUGUUCGUUCGUUUACUUUCUUCCUCAUCGUAGUUUCUCCUUAACGUUCUAAUCGUCGACAUAUAUGUGUACAUAUAAAGCGUAUCACUAUUCUCUUAAGCUUGUGUAACCCUUUGUUUGAAACUAUAAGAAUCGCUAAACACCGAUUACGAAGAUGA